UCUCAAUAAAAGCACCUGCAUAGAAUCAUAUCCUGUGAUUAUGUGUGUUCCUGAACGCUGACACAGGCAUCAUGCGACGGCAGUGAUGGUUGGUUUGGUUUGUAACGCUGAGCAGUGUUUGGAAAAAAUCCUGCUUUUUAAGGCAGCUGAAGUGUGAUCUCAGCAGUGUUUGGAAAAAAUCCUGCUUUUUAAGGCAGCUGAAGUAUGAUCUUGGAGUAAUAGCCCCUACUUGGAAUAUGGAAUGGAUCAGCCGUGAUCUACAGGGAUCGGGAAAUAAGCACUGUGUGUGCAGCACAAAUGGGUGUAUUAUGGAUCUGGCGUUGUUUGCUUGAAAGAGCUUGAUUUACUUUUCAUUAACUGUGCUGUUUAUUUCCUUUUGCUUAUAACAACAGAAAUAACGUGAUCAUCUUAAUUUUUAUUUGCUUAAUUGAAUUUGUUUCAGGUUUUAAUGCAUUAGUGUGUUGCUGCAAUGUGUCUAUAUAGUAAGCAUGCAUUAAAUGUUUUAAUUGGAAUAAUAAAAGCUAGUAUAAAAUCCAUUGGUCAUGGAUUUUGCAUAAAAGUAGAUCUCCCAGUUCAUAAAAUGUGCAGUUUGCCUUGAGUAUCUUUUGGCCUCAGAAAAAGUUUUAAAAAAGAUCUUCAUAAGAUCUUGUUGUGACUGACUAACCCUACUGCUUAAAAGUUAUGUUAGAGAUCUGAGUUGCAAUUUCAGAAGGCAGACAAAUGUGAUUUUGAAAGGAUACUAUUUCUUCCAGAUCUCAAUGAGACUGAAAUUAGGAAUGAGUGCGGUGAAGGACACCACCUGAAAUAACCAUGGUGAUGUGUUGAGAACCUGGUACCUAGCACAAAGAAUUGAAAUGGAGAGCCAAAAAAAAUCACAAAUUAUCAAGAAAAUAGAUUAUUAUCAAGAAAAUAGAUUACAUCCAGAUUCUUGAGCAUAAGGUAGUCCAGAGCCAGGUUUUGGGUAUUCACAGAGCAAAACAACACUGAAAAGCAUGGUGGGUUUAUGUCCUUUUGCGAUUUAAAUCCUUUGUAACACCCUUUUGUGAUACACUGCUUGUUGAUUGGAUAUUUCUGGGAUGCAAGGAGUGCUUCCAUGGAACACCAGCCUACUGCAUUUUUGUGGUUAUACUUCAUGCAGUGAUAAGCACCCUGAGGAAGGCAGCUGUGCUUUGUCUGUUCACUCUGUAGUUGCCAACUUCAACUGGUCUGGAGAAAAUAAUGGGAUCUUUCCGUUCAUGGCACCCUCGGUGAUCUAUGAAAGGCAGUAACAGCAGUUCCCAGGGAUAAUUGCAGCACCGCCUGACUGUCUCCUGCUGCUUUAGAAACCGUGUUUGCUCCCCAGAUUGCGGUGAUUACUGAAGGAGUUUGCAUGUGAGAGGGAAAAAUGAGCUGUUACAAACAGGGACAACUGAGACUCAAAUGUUCUGGUAGAAGAGAAUGCGAUAAACACAGCUUAGAAAGUGCAAUUUGGCAGAAGGCUUUCUGGAAUUAGAGAGUGUUUGAAAAAGACAAUGGGCAUUGAUUUCAUUGCUGUCUCUUCUCAGAUUGACUAGGGGGUUUUAAGAUGAUAGAGAUGUGUCUGUCUUUAUACAAUACCAUUUUCAUAUUUUAAAAGAGAUGUGGAAAAGAACAGUGGUUAGGAUGACAGUGAUUGACAACUUGCUUUUAAAAUCUGAGGGAAUGGAACCACAGUCCUCUCAAUUUGCACUUGCCUGUUAGCAGCAACUUAAGAAUCCAUUUUCAGCAUGAGUGUUAUAUGUAUAACCAUCAGACUUAGUGGCUAGACUGCAAAGUAGGUCUCCCAGCUAUGCUCUAAGUCUUCCAGAUUAGGGAACAGUGUGGCUUUUAUGGGUACGUAAACAUGGUUUCAUCCUUUAGUGCAGACAAAAAUAAAUAAAUCUCUGUAGACUUGAAUUGAGGAUAAUUCAGCCUUGCUAGCAACAGACUCCUGAGGCUGCAGGUGUGUAAUGCUGGAAGUCUUUGUUUUCCAGGUUUUUUGUUGAGAACUGAAUCUGUCCUUUUCAUUCAUUCCUGCUCUGCCAGAUACGAUUGUCUGCUGAAAAACAGGAAGAGAGUAGUGUCCAUAACACUUUCAGGACUGAGGCUGGUGGAUCAGAGACAAGAAAUUCACAAGGAAAGUACCCGAAGGCUUUGGCAAACUAGGCAAGAUGAGAUAGGAAAUACUCAGGGUCCUUUGCUUGUACUGUUCGGUCCAGAGGCAAGAGAGUGCUUUGAUGGGGAUACGGGGUUCCCUCCCUCUGGAGUCUGAGUCUCCUCCAGGCAUUGGCCAUUCAUGCUUUGCUCCUGAUUAUUUAGGUCCCAGUAUCCUGACCAUGGGAGAACAGCUAGCUGCAGGAAAAAACAGUGCUGCUCAGGCAAGAUUGAAAUGGGGUUUCCCAUUUGCUAAAGACUGGAGCCUUAGUGCAGUGACAAGAGACUUCAGUCCUGCUGAGCCUCUCCCUGUCUCUUACAGAUACGGAUACAUUGGCUCAAACGUAUGGAGAACCAAAAUUUCAGGUGGCAUCCAACCACAAACCCUUGUUUCUGGAGUAGGCUCUGGCUGGCUAGUAGGUAGAGAAGCAGAUUCCUCCUUCAGUUGCUCCCCUUUCUUCAGAUGCCAGUCCCUGGUAAAGCCAUCUCUGGAAACUGGUAGUUUUUAUGUUCAUAGAAAAAGUCAUUCUCCUGGAAAGGUUGUUAAAGGAGAACAGACGUCUAAUGGAGGGUCUCCAUGUGUUGAGUCUUGGAAGAAAGACCUUUCAGCCAGUCUGGAUCCAGAGGGUCUGCAGGUAUUACUGGAGACAGAUUUUGGGGGGGCUCAGAGGAAUGUUGGUGUAGCCGUGUGUGGGACUCCUACAGAAGUGUAUGUGAGCAUUGCUUCUCAUCCUGGAGAUAAAGAGUUUAGACCAGGCCAGCAGCUUAGUGUUAAAUCUGUAGAAGUCAACAACUCUCAUGUUAAGUGCAGCAAAGAGUCAGAAGAGGUGUGUGACUCCAGAUCACGAGCAGCCAGAAGAACAGCUGCAGUGGGCAGCAACCAGUCCAAUCCUUUGGGUACACCAGUUGAAGAAGGCUUUAAUGAACAUUUUGAUGUAGAUUGUAUGAAUGUGAGCAGAGAAGGAAGGAGAAACAAAUACUCCUACCAAAGCAGACGGUGGAAUUUGGAAGCUGAAGGCAAUCUCGAGCAGUCUGAAGAAUGUUCUGUAGAAAGGAAUGCCAAAGAACCACGGUGCUGUGAAGAAGGGAGCCAGACACAGAAAACUGUGCCCAGAGAGAUCUCAAAGAACAGCUUCUGGUCAUUGAAGGUGAACGAGCAAAGUUUCUGGCACUCUUGUGACAAACAAAUCCUAACAAGGUGUUUCCAAGCCUGGAGGAGAUAUAGCCUUUGGAAGAGGGCAGCCACGCAGCUUUACAGACACCAGCUGCUUCAGAAGGGCUUUGGUGCUCUGCAGUGGAUUGUGCACCCAAGGAGGACACAACUGGAGGUGGCCCAGCAGAGACAUGCUUCAACUCUGCUAGCUGCCAGCUUCCAGAGGGUGAGCACUGGUCAGGGACACUGGUGCCAUGAACUUUCUGCUGUGCAGUCAGAAAAGGCACAAAUCCUGCUGAGAUAG